UUAGGUUUAAAAAAGAUUUCGCUGCAUUUGGCAUUAAGAUCCGGGUACCAGUCCAGUGCACACAGUUGUAUUUUAUUUAUAGAUAAAUCGCAUGUCUAAACAAACUAGAUCUGACAUUUUUACAAAAUGGCCGACUCUGGACAGACAGUGACAAAUUCUGGAAAGAAGGUUCUAAUUGCAAUUGACGGAAGCAAACAUUCGCACUUUGCAUUUGAAUGGUAUGCUGAAACUGUUUAUAAGCCUAGCGAUGAAGUCAUCAUCGGAUUUUGCUCCGAAAUCGGCACACACCUGUCAGCAACUGCGGUGCAGGCAAGUCCGGCAACCUUACAUGCUUUGGUAGAAAAACAUGAAGGGAAGGCGAAGGAAAUAUUUGAUUCAUUCGACAAAAUAGCAAACAAAUAUAACAUACAGCACAAACUUGAACGCUUACAUGACCCUCCUGGAGAGAACAUCGUGAAAUUCGCGCACGAAAAUAACGUGGAUUUGAUCAUUGCCGGAAGUCGAGGUCACGGAACACUAAGACGCACCAUUAUGGGUAGCGUGAGUGACUAUAUCGUGCAUCAUUCUCAUGUACCCGUUCUUAUUUGUAAGCACAAGGACGAGCAUCAUAAGAUCAAAUGAUCAAUUUGAAGAUCAAGUGACAGUUCCAACUGAUGGCAUAUAUAUAUACACAAAAACGAUUAUAGCAUUGUACAAAUAUUAUUCAACGCUGUAACUUAUAUCUAACUAGAUCUCGUCGCCUACAUAUUUUUAUGUGAAUAACUCGGAUGUAGACCAAAAAAAUGGAAUUCUAAAUCAAUAUCAUUCUUGUUGCACAAUUUACAAAUUGUUCGGUUUCGGGAAUUCUGUGUGCUUCUCUUUCCUACGUAGUUAUCAUAAUACAGUUAGUUUGUAGUUUGAUUGUAAAUAUAUAAUUAUAAUUAUACAAUAUAUUCUUGUUUUAU